AUAGACCUUUUCGCUUCUUUUCCCUAUUCAAUAACUUGAUUCGUGGCAGCUGAAAAUGGCAAAACUCGCAUCUGCUGAACGAAUGUUCGAGCGAGAGGAACGUUCGGAACGAUGGAUGAAUGGAUUCAGUUGUUGUAAAUUUCCCCACCACUUACUUACUGAGCUAAAAAUACGUUACAUAUUUCAGUACACACCACAAUUGAUGAUUGUGUAUUUAGCGUUUCCUCUUUCAAAAGAAGUUGUUUUGCGGAAUGCAUUCACCGCCCUUUUCAGUGAUGGUUAUGCAGUUGUGGUACGUUUCAAUGUCGUGGUGCAAACGGUAUAAAGAGAACUCAUUUAUCACGCAUGCCAUAUGUUCGUGAUGACCGCGGAAACCAAAUUAACGUAAUGCAAUUGCUUUCCUUUUAGACCAAAACCAUCAUUUCAGAACAAAAACCAUAAUUCUCCUAUUCUUUUCAUACGCCAUGCUUUCAUUUUCAGUGUCCCGGAAUUACAAAACCAACAAAUUUUGUUCAGUGUCGUUACGAACCUAUAAAAACAGUGAUGACCUAUAGGUCAUCAGUCAUCAUCAGUCAUCAGUGUUUAUAAGCCUGGCCGCUAAUAUAGACCGGCAUUCCCUUAAAAUAAAAUAUACAAUAAAUAUUUUGAAAAAUUAAAAGAUUGAUAGUCCAUAAACUAUAGCUACAGACAUCAGCUAACAAAGAAGAUCCGUUAAUCUGCUUUCUAGUUGCAGUAGCACAUUUGGCAUUUCAGAAGAAAAACGAUUUAUUACCCGUUAUGUUAAUCAAGCCUAAUACCAAAAGGUAGCCAAUUGUUUCCUGGGGGAAAACGAUAGAAAAUCGACCAAACGAUUUUUUCGAGCUGUUGAUUCAUCAUUGACGGACAUUUGCACCUAUAAAAAUAGGUGGUGAUUAGAACUUGAAUCAACAGUAUUCGCUGAUCUUGAAGCAAGUUUCUUCUUUUCUAGAACAACAAAAACGAUCUUUAAAAAUGGCACAUUUCUGGAUACUAUUCAUUUUGCCUCUUAUUGCUGCCGACCAGCGAACAACAGUCAAUUUCCCAUCGAAUUCGGGCAGCUCGUCUACUCAGAAAAGAGACUCGAAUGGUGGCCAAUCGGAUAAUGGAGGGAACGGACAGGAAUCGUACUACCGAGUCCCGAACCCUGUACUACCAGAACGAUCACCAAUGAUGGGUGGUCAGCCAAAUGUGGACGUGGCAGUAGCUCAAACUUUCGCCAAUCCAAACAUGAUGGGCUACUACAGGAAUCCAGUAGUUAGUGGAGCUUACGGACCCCCUGAACCCCAGGCGUUCCAGCCGGUCGGUCCAGGUGCCGUCUUCCCUCAAGGAACAGCUGAUGUUCCAAACUUUUACUUCAACGCAGGCUUCAAUAAAGGUCUUGGAUUCCGCGUUCCCGAUGCUCUGACCGGUGCCAACUACUUGGGAGCUGGCCAGCACACUCCACUGGGAGAUUUGUGGGCCACUAAAGCUGAAUUAUUGCCAGCCAUUUUCAAGACGGGCUUUUUCAUCACGGCAAUCAUCGUCAUUUUGAAAGUGAUUGUAUUUUUAGUCCACGCCAAGACUCUUCUCUUGCCUUCGCUCAUUCAUUCAGUGGCGAAGCCAGCUGUUCCAAUCGUCUCCAUUACGGCCGAUCGUUCAUCUACCAAAACCGACGAAAGCACACGCGCAAAAAGAGAAGCGUCCGGCAGUCCGGUUGUCGAUCCCGACAUGGACUUUGAUCAGAUUCUGUCUCAAUUGGAAACGAUUCGAUCCCGUUUCGAACAGCACGACUGAGACCUUCCAAAAAUGACGCACGAAUUUUUGCCCUUAUUCUAAUAUUUAUACGCAUUGAU